AUGUCCACCGACUUCGAGCGGCUGUCCCUGAACUCCUCGGCUAACUCCAUGGUGUCGGCCAGCGGCUCGGGCGGCCGCUCGCUCUCGUCCAACGUGAGGAAGCUGCACAACGCUCUGAACGUUUUACUGAGCGACUACGAGAGGGAGCAGUUCAUCCACUGCCUGAACGUCUACCACUCCAAGCGCAACGUCUUUGACCUGGUGCAGACUCUGAAAGUGAUCUUGAACAGCCCGGAGAAGCGGCAGCUGCUGCCCAUGCUGCGGCUGGUCAUCCCCCGGUCUGACCAGCUGCUGUUUGACCAGUACACCUCGGAGGGACUAUACCUGAAAACAGAGCUGCUCACCCCGGCCACUGACAGCGGCCAAGCCCGCUCCGCCACUGCCAGCCACCUCCAUGUAAGUCUUUCACCGGCUCAACCUGAAUGCGGGGUUAGACAGCCCCCUCAGAAAGGCCCUCCGAAGGGCAACCCACCCAGUUUCAGCACCGAUCAACGGACAGCUCCUUUCUAUCCAAGCUUGGUAAUGAAAGAAAAUUAUGGCGAGAUCAGGCAGGUGGCACUGAAAAGAAACAAAACAAAUGAAGGUUUGGGUUUCAGCAUCCGAGGAGGAGCUGAGCAUGGGGUCGGCAUCUAUGUGUCACUUGUUGAACAAAACUCAUUAGCUGAAAAAGAAGGGCUUCGAGUAGGAGAUCAGAUCUUGCGAGUGAAUGACAAGGUGUUUGAUAAAGUCACCCAUGGAGAAGCUGUUAAGGUGCUGAAAGGUUCCAAAAAGUUGGUUCUGUACGUGCGCUCAGUUGGCCGCAUUCCAGGAGGCUAUGUCACCAACCACGUCUACACUUGGGUGGAUCCACUAGGCCGUAGUGUUUCCCCACCACCCAAUCUACUCGAACACAAGAGUAACACACUGCGGGGCAAGGAGAGCGAAAAGAAGAGUCAGCUUCAACUACUCCGAGACGGAGAUGAGAAGAAGGUAAACCUUGUCCUGGAUGAUGGGAAGUCAUUGGGCUUGAUGAUCCGAGGUGGUGCUGAAUAUGCCUUAGGAAUUUACAUCACGGGAGUGGACCAGGGAUCUGCAGCAGAAAGUACAGGCCUGAAGGUUGGAGACCAGAUUAUAGAGGUGAAUGGCAGAAGUUUUCUCAAUAUUCCCCAUGAUGAAGCUGUGAAAAUUUUAAAGUCUUCACGCCAUCUCAUGAUGACAAUAAAGGAUGUUGGAAGAUUGCCUCACACUCGGACUGUAGUGGAUGAGACUAAGUGGAUUACAGGCUCAGAGCUCAAUGAGACAGCUGCCUUUAGUGGCUCUGCAGGUCUAAGCUUUGAUUGUGGAGCAGAGGUUGCAGAGAGGCCUACAUUUUACAAAGCAUUGGCGGGGUCACAGGUCAUGCUGAGCAGUUUAGUGAACCAGGCACGUGCCAUGCUGGAUGAACAGGCCCGGCAUCUACUUAACGAACAUGAACGGACAACUAUGGCCUAUUAUCUUGAUGAAUACAAGGAAAACAAUAUAACUGUUCAGGCCUUGGUUAUGGCUCUCUUCGAACUCCUAAACACACAUGCAAAGUUCUCCUUGCUUUCGGAGGUUCGAGGUGUAAUCUCCCCUCAAGAUCUGGAUAGAUUUGAUAAUAUGGUAUUGAAACGUGAGAUUGCGUCAAUGAAAGCUCGCCAGAAUUCCAGCACAGGCACAGAUUCCUACUCUGUCAUGUCUUAUGGAGACACAGCCUCAUCCUCCGUUAGUUACUUCACAUCUACAACUCUCAGUUCAGCCCGGAAUGACACAGAUCUUGCAGGAACAAAUGACCAGCUGGAAGGAGACACUGGAAAUUUGCCAGAUAUCUCUCUUGAUAAUGUGCAGCCCUUUACUGACAACGCAUCAAACUAUAGACCUCUUCGAACUGAGUCCACCAGUCCAGCCUCUUCACAGCAAAAGACAAUGGGAGACAGACCAAAGCGGAACUCAACAGAGUCAUCACAGUCGGGCCUUUUCUUCACGGUACCUCACAGUCCUUCACUAACCACCACAAUCAUCGAUACCGAUGCCACAAGUGACGGUUCUUCACUUGCUUCUGCCUCUGCUUCAGUUGUUUCGACAGAUGAGUCUCUUUGUACAGUACACACUAAAAACUUAAAAACACAAACUAUGAGCAGUGAGGUGACAGCCCAACUCUCCCGUGUCAACCAGCAUAUCAUCGGACCCUUUCCCAGAGUUAAGUCUCCAACACAGUUGCUGUCUAAUACCUCGGAGAGUGUAUCACCAUCUCUUCCAAACCCGCCACCAUAUGUUCCGGCCCCUCUUCCACCAGGGUCAACAGAGAAACCACACUCACAGUUAGCAGCAGCCAACCAGCACUUUGUAAUGGUAGAAGUGCAUCAGCCAAAUGGUGAACCUGAUGUUAAUGAAGUUAGGACAUUACCACAAUCUCGAGCUGCUGCCCUUUCCCAGUUAUCUGACAGUGGGCAGACUCUCAGCGAGGACAGUGGGGUUGAUGUUGGUGAAAUGGGUGGCAACAGCAAAGACAGCAGUCCCGUACCUGCGAAGGGAAAAGUCACCAAGGACACGUCGGGGAAUGAAUCCAAACCAGAGGCCAUUUUAAAGCCACCUGGCUUAUUGGAGCCAACCUCGGUGUUGGUGAGAGUCCCUAAAAGUGCACCCACUCUGGGCAUUGCCAUUGAAGGAGGAGCUAACACACGCCAGCCAUUACCCCGAAUCGUUACCAUACAGAGGGGAGGAUCAGCACAUAAUUGUGGGAAGUUGAAAGUUGGCCAUGUGAUUUUGGAGGUCAACGGAAUUGCACUUUGCGGAAAAGAACACAAAGAAGCUGCAAGAAAAAUAGCAGAAGCGUUUAAAACCAAAGAGAGAGAUUACAUUGAUUUCCUGGUGACAGAAUUCAAUGUAGCACUUUAA